CACGCAUCUGCCUGGAGACGUCGCGCGGCACAGGCCGUCACUUAUUGAGAUGCAGAAGCUCCUGGCGUCCCACAAGGCGGCCCAUUCGAGUCACAUGCCCGAGCUCUCGGCAGAAUGGGCUGCAGCUGCUUCCCAUCUGCUCACUAGCGUUCGGAGCGCCUGGGCAAACUGCGCCGGGGCAGAGCGGCAAAGGAUCUGGGAUCCCAGCACGAUGCUGGCCGAGGAGCUGUGGCUCGAGAGCGAGAAGAGCUGCGCCGUGGUGCACAAGUCCAAGCGGGGACGGAAGCGCCAGGAGCUCCUGGCCGUGGCCCUGGGGGUGAAGGUGGGAGUGAAGGGGGCGCUUCUGUGGCAACCUCUGAAACUCUUUGCCUAUUCGCAGAUCAGCUCCCUGGUCAGGAGAGCAGCCUUAACUCAGAAUGACAACCAUUUCAACUAUGAAAAAGCACACAAUUUUAAGGUCCACACAUUUCGAGGUCCGCACUGGUGCGAAUACUGUGCCAACUUCAUGUGGGGUCUCAUUGCUCAGGGAGUGAGAUGUUCAGACUGCGGGUUGAACGUGCACAAGCAGUGCUCCAAGUACGUGCCCAACGACUGCCAGCCGGACCUCAAGAGGAUCAAGCGCGUGUACUGCUGUGAUCUGACCACGCUGGUGAAGGCCCACAACACCCCGCGGCCCAUGGUCGUGGACUCGUGCAUCCGGGAGAUCGAAGCGAGAGGUUUGAAGUCUGAGGGCCUCUACAGAGUUUCUGGCUUCACUGAGCACAUUGAAGAUGUGAAAAUGGCCUUUGAUCGAGAUGGUGACAAGGCUGACAUUUCUGCCAAUAUGUAUCCAGACAUAAACAUUAUUGCUGGAGCACUGAAGCUUUACUUCAGAGACUUACCGAUUCCUGUGAUCACCUAUGACACCUAUUCCAAGUUCAUAGAUGCAGCAAAAAUCUCCAAUCCUGAUGAACGACUAGAAGCAAUCCAUGAAGUGUUGAUGUUACUCCCUGCUGCUCACUAUGAGACACUUAGAUACCUAAUGAUUCAUCUCAAAAAGGUUACUUUGCAUGAAAAGGAGAACUUUAUGAAUGCCGAAAACCUGGGAAUAGUGUUUGGACCUACUUUAAUGAGACCUCCAGAGGACAGUACCCUUGCUACUCUGAACGACAUGCGGUACCAGAAGUUAAUCGUGCAAAUUUUAAUAGAAAAUGAAGAUGUUCUCUUUUAGACCAAUAGAGACAUAUCUUCAUAGCCAUUUAUUUUGAAACAGUUAGUUUGAAGGAAAAAUGCAUUUCUUAACAAUUUUUAAAAAAUAAAGGAAAAGUUCCUUGGCUGCACUUCAAUUUCUGCAAAGUUGCAGAUAAAUGCCAAAAUGCUUAGGGAAAGCCUAUGUCUCAUAGACAUAUGCCUCUUUGUAGAAGGGAAAAAAGGUCAGAAAAAAUCCUCUUACCUUGUAUCUUUUGCCUUGCCUCAGAUGUAUAUUUGUUUUGAGAAGUUGCAAACAAUUUUAUUGUUAACUUAUUAAGAAACACGAAACAUAUUUUAAUAUGGCUAGAGAAGCAAAAAGGUACUUAAUCAGUGUUACUUGUAUACAGCUAUACAUUUUCCCUUACCAUAAGACAUAAUUAUAUAUGUCAAUUGUGAAACAGAACCUAUAUUAUAAAGAUAUUUUUACUUUACCUAGCUGAAAGAAUGGCAUUUUAUUUUAGCAAACUAUAAACCAAUGCGGUGCAUUGAUUAUUUUCCACAUAAUUCUCUCCUGCAUUUUUGCUCUGAUAUAUUGAAAACAAUUACCACUAAUGCAGUAUUAGCCUGACAUACCUCUUUCAUUGCAAAUGUUGUAAAGGAGAAUUCUUUUCCUAUGUGUAUUCCAACUUUCUUUAGGUUUCUUUCUUUAUAUUUUAGGCACUGGCGUUCUAAGACUGUAUAGUACACUUUUAGCCAUUUGCUAUUCCUGAAAAUGUAUAGUAUUUUGUCUAUUUUUUUCUUUUUUUUUGCUCCCAUGUCAAAUAUGGUAUUGAGAAUUUUCAAAAGUCCUGGUGGUAGUAUCAGUCUCACAUGCCAGAUUUUUCUUGGAUUGCAGUAAUAUGUAAGUUAGGUGAUGCUGGGACACUGGAUAUUUUCUGGCCUUGUUGAAAAGUUAGCACUUUUUUGGGUUAAUUAUGAAGGAUUUUUUUUCUGUAAAAAUCAAGCUAUGUUUUGUCAUGUUUCUGUAUUUAUAAACGUACAGUAAAACUGCUGGAAAUGUAGGUAUUUCUCUUGAAUGUGUUUCCUGAUGGUUUGUUUAAAAAAAAAAAAAAAAAGAAUGUGUAAGAAAUGUGGGAGUUGGUAAAUUUAAUUAUUACCAAAUUUUAGUAUGUUUCUCCCCUCACAAACAUUGACCCUACAGAGUUCAUAGUCUAACUGCAACUUAUUCCUAAUGUUAAAACUUUCUCAGCGUGAGAUGUUUCUGCAAGCAUAGCAAAUCAGUGUAAUUUACUACCAAACUCAAUUUCCAAUACAAAAAAAAAGUAUAUAAUAAUCCCUCAUCUUGAUCGUUUGAAUCAUACGCUUGGUAACUCAGUGAUGCAGUUUCCUGAAUUAUUUCAGGGAGCACAUGUUUCUAUUCAAAUUGAAAAAUAUGUGUAACUAUGAUAAUGAAGGGAGGUGAAGGGUAUUACUGUAAAUUUGUUGUCUUCUAGAGAAAUAACUAAGGGCUAGAUAGAUUAACCCUGACUGCAGAGCAAAUGCUAAAUAGUCUGAGUACCCAAUACUUCUAUAGAUCCUCCUGAAUUGUACAGGACUAUUUGUUGUAGGUUAUGUACUACUUAAUACUGUCAUAAAAAUGAUCUGGAAAUGGUUUUAUUUUGUGAAGUGAAAUAUGCUUUGUAAUUUAUGAUAGUGUAAAUGGAAGGAAAAUCCCAUUAAAUGUGUUAAAGAGUU